AUGUUCAGCAAUGAUAUGCUUGAAGGAAGAUAUCUGCGCAUCAUGAGUUCUGACCCUGAUCCUACCCUGAGGAAGAGCGGGGUGGGAAACAUCCUCAUCAAGAACCUGGACAUAAGAAUUUGUAUGAGACCUUCUCAGCAUUUAGAGACAUUUACUCUAGCAAGGUAGUUUGUGACGAGAAAGGGAAAUCCAAGGGCUGUGGUUAUAUCCAGUACGAGACCCAGGAGGCUGCUGAUAGAGCCAUUGAGAAAUUCACUGGCAUGUUGCUGGAUGACCAAAAAGAGCAAGAGGCCAGAUGA